AUGGUCGAGUUUAUCAAUGUCGUCGAGCUGGUCUCUGGGGGCACUGGUGCGGCGACUGGAGCUCUUUGUGGCUUUCCCUGGAUACUGUCAAGGUUCGACUACAGUGCCAAAGCUCGAGCGACAGAACAGGCGCUUUUCGCGUCUUCAAGAAUAUCAUCGCCAAAGAAGGUCCUCAAGUUUUUGUUCAACGCGAUCGUCUUUUCUGUCGAAGGACAAGCCAAUCGUUUCCUAACAGACAACUUCAAAUACAUGAGGGAGAACGACCUGACUCGAUCUGCGUCUUCAGGAAUGGUCGCUGGCGGCGUCCAAUCCUUCGUCUGCGGUCCAAUCGAACUCGUCAAGACUCACUGUCAAGUCUCUGGCGUUGGAUCAAAGGUGCAAAAGUCUGAGAUGAGCGUGGCUCGUGAGAUCUACAGGAAACAAGGGCUGCGUGGAUUCUCGAAAGGGCUUGGAUUAACACUGGUGCGCGAGAUUCCCUCUUUUGGCGCCUAUUUCUGGGCGUACAACACCUUCCAUAGUUACUCGAUCGCGCAGUUUCCUGAUUUUCCGAUUCUGGUGACGAUGUUUGCUGGUGGCUCGGCUGGAGUCGCCUGCUGGUGCGUUAGUUAUCCCUCUGAUGUGCUGAAAACAAGGUGGACAGCUGAUGGAGUCAAUGGGCCUCCCAGAUUCGCGUCUGUUAGAGAGUGCUACCAAUCAACAGCAAAAGAAGGCGCCCUUUGGGAUCCAAGAGGCACCUUUUGGCGAGGUUUCGGAACAACUGCGCUACGAGCCUUUCCAGUCAAUGCAAUAACCUUCACUGUCGUCAACCUGGUAGCCUCAAACAUGUUAUACGCAAAAGAUGUGUACGAUAAAAGAUACAGUUAA